AUGGCUAUCAGCCCGGAAGAAGCCCUCAACUUGGCUGCCAAGCUUGAGGCUAUUGCAGACAACCCAGAGAGUGUUCUUGGGCUGCAGAAUGACCUGCUUCGCCAAAGACUGCGCGAGGCAGGGCGUAAACUCAGCCAUGCGAUGGAAAUACCUGUCGACACCGCUCGUAGGCUGCAGUCUACGCCCCUUGAGCUUCCAGCUGCCUUCAUUGGUGUAGAGAAGGGAAUCUUCAGCGCUCUGGCAUCCCAAGCCGGUACAACGAGCACUGAAGAGUUGGCGGAGAAGACUCAGAUUGACCCCGUUCUUUUAAAACGCCUCUUGCGAUUCUAUCAGGCCAACAAUAUGAUUUCACAACCUGGGGAUGAUGCUUACGGCGCAAACAACAUCACUAAGGGGAUGAACACACUCUGCUGCUCAGCAGGUGUUGAGUACUUCUUUGAAACAGUGCUCCCGGCCUUCACAGCCCUUCCCCAAUUCUUGCGGGACAAUGGAUACAAAAAUCCCACAAACCCGGAUCAUCUAGCAUGGCAUGCAGGACAUAAGACUGAGCUCAACGCUUUCCCGUGGCUGCUAAGCCACCCGCGUCAGAUGGAAGUAUUCAUGCAGGCCAUGGCGACAUUGAGGGAUGGUAUGCCGAACUGGUUCGACAUUGUUGACUUUCGCGAAGAAGUCCUUCACGGGCAUGAUACGGAACCAGCCAUACCUCUCUUUGUGGAUGUAGGCGGGGCCAUGGGCCAACAAUGCAUCUUCUUCAAGAAAGCAUACCCCGACCUUGAGGGAAGGGUUAUCGUUCAAGACCAGGCACAAGUCGUUAGCCAGAUUGAAGCGACUCCUCUACCAGGCUUCGAGGGUAUCGAGGCCAUAGCUCACGACUUCUUCAAGCCACAGCCAAUUAAAGGAGCACGCGCAUAUUAUCUCAGAAUGAUAUUUCAUGACUGGCCUGAUCACAAGGCCGUUGAGAUUCUUAGACAUCUCAGGGACGCCAUGACAGAGAGCUCUUACCUCUUGAUUGACGACACGGUCUUAUCUGAAAAGCAGGCUCCAUGGAAAGCCGCAUUCUUGGAUAUGACAAUGAUGUGCCAACUCGGGGCUCAGGAGCGCACCAAGGCUCAAUGGGAAAGACUCACAGCUGAGAGUGGAUUCAAGAUUCUUAAGAUUUGCGAGUACGCGCCUGAUGCUCAAGAAAGUCUCAUUAUUGCCGUUAAGUCGCCGUAG